CUAGCUCCCACUUCCCCUUCCCUCCCAUCGCACAGCAUUCCGUCGCCUGGCGAGGGCCCCGGCGCGCGAGCCAGCCACCACGAGCCAGCCAUCACGCAUAUUGCCUUGCCUCACAGCACCGCCCAGCCCGCUGUACGUAGGUGCGCAGGUUGCGCAGGCCAGUCCCGUCUGCAGACCGAACCGAGGCAGGGGCUUGUUAGCUCCCAGAUCUCAAGCCUCGCCGACGCAUCCCAGUCGUUCCUUCCCUCGCUCGCUUUCUUCCUUCUGCUUGCGUCCGGACCUUCGCGUGUGCCCUCCCGGGCGGGUUCGUUCACAGGGAGCGUCACACCUCGAUUUUUAUACCCACGCCUCCGCGCCGUGUCGCGAUUUUCGCAAUGGCCGAUCAGCACACCCGACAGCAGAGCUACCCGUCGCCCCAGAUGAACUCUGCCUACGCCUACCCCCAGAGCAAUGAGCCGUACCGGUCGCCGCAGGGCAACCAGAUGUCGCUCCCAUCGCUCCCUCCGCUCAAUCUGCCUCCUAUACAGGCGCCGCCGCCCCAGCCUCAGCCAGGGCAAGGACAGCCGCCCAUGGGCUCGCCGCUGCCUCCGCCGCAACACGGUAUCCCGCAGUACUACGCGCACCCAGCGCACCCGCCGCCCGGCCAGCCGAUGAACAUGGGCUCGCAGCACCUUGCGAUGCGAUACCAGCUGCCGCCGCAGCCGGGCGAGCAGAGAAUACUGUCGGGCGGGCGGCAUAAGAAGGAAAUCAAGAGGCGCACCAAGACUGGGUGCCUGACGUGUCGCAAGAGGAGAAUAAAGUGCGACGAAGCUCACCCGGUCUGCCGCAACUGCCAAAAGAGUAAACGCGACUGCCUUGGCUACGACCCCAUUUUCAAACAACAGCCAGGCCCGGCGCAGAUCCAACCCGCGCCCAACUCUGCUCCCCAUCCCACCUCCGCACCCUCAUCUGCUCCUCCAACGACCGCGCCGUAUAGCAGCCAGGUGCCUCAAGGAUACGCCCCUGCUGCUACUGCCGGUUACGCGCCGCCGGUGCCUGCGACCGGUUCAGGUCACCCUCCACACGAGAACUUCAACAGCUCUGCCAUUGACCCCGCCCUUGCGGCCACAGAUCCAGCAAUGCAUGGACAGACGCCGUAUAAUGGCGUGCAUGCGCUCAACCCCGCACUGCGAGGAAGCCCAUAUUCGUCGGGCCCGUCAGACGGCCAACCGAUCAAGGGCAAACAGUUGAAGAUUUCCGACAUAUUCAGUAUUGCGAAUCAUCACCCUCCUGAGAUACCGCCGCGUCCCGCAUCAAUACCCAAGGAGCUCGACGAUGAGUUCUCAACGAUCUUCACGAACGAUUACUGCGUCGGAUUGGAUGUCAUGCUCGAGACGAAAUGGUUCUCGACGAACAACAACGCACUGAGCAGGAUCUUUGCUGACAAAAGCCUUCAUGAAGAAGCCAUAUUUUUCACCGAGACCGUCAAGUAUAGGUCUGGCACAAGCGACAUGAGCGGAGUCUUCAGUCAAGAAGCCCGCCUCAUCUGGCACCUGCUGGGUUGCUGCAGACAUGCCGCCCCGGCCACGAACGGCACUAACGGAACCGCACCCGCCAGCGCCGAAAACGAAGACAUUUCAUUAAAGGAAGUCCGAGCGCGGUUCAUCAUUCUGGAAGCUCUCCUGACCAACCAAAACCUGGAGUCUAAUCCGUUGCGUCAGGUAUCUUAUCCUGCCGAUAUUCCGGAGUACAAAAAGAUGGAAGUCGAAUUUUGGGAGCAAUUGGGCGAAUUUGUUGUGCAUUCCGACAGUGAAUUUGCACCACCUGGUAGUACCGACUACGCCCUGGGCAGGAUGCGAAACGUACUGAACGCGCAUGAAGUGCGCGACACGAUCUAUUCUAUCGCUAUUGCGCGACAUAUCGGCAAUCGGAUUCGCGGUUUCCCCAACGCCCUUCCGGCUUCGGUCGACCAGAACCCAGAGAACGACCUCACCAAGCUCAACGUCGCCAUGUCUUUCAUCAGUCACGAGUGCCGUAGCGGUUCGCAGCAAGUCAUUGCUCGCAUAUGCGAUAUGGCUAUGCUUUCAUGGACAGUAAGCAGGGCACCAUAA